UCUGCGGUUGAAUUGAACGGUUCCGGCCAACGUGCGCGCUCCGUAACGAUCGCUAUAUCAUUCUACGGCGUAAUCGUAACUCUUUUAAUGCCAUAAUUAAUAAAUUAAUACAAAGUUUUUGAAAAUAUAUAUAUAAAUCCAACAAUCAUCUAAGAGUAUACAGUGCCUGUGUGUGUGGUGAACUAACAAGAAUCCUGCCAGUUUACAAGGAUUAUCUCUGCGCUCUUUAAAUGGGAUUAUACCUGAACACUUGAAUUUCCCCAGCGAGCAUGGACCUGCAUUGGCAGCUGCUGACGUUCAUCGUGUGCCUCCAGUUGUUGCGUUCCGCCGGAUUCAUCCUUCAGCCGGAAGUGCGCAAGUGCACCUACGGCCACAUCGACAAGCUGCUGCGCAUUCGAUGCUACGACUUGGACCUCAAGGAGGUGCCCCAGAACCUCAAGACCUCGGUGGAGGUUCUGGAUCUAUCGCACAAUCGCAUCAGGAGACUGAAAACUAGCUCGUUUCAGAGGUACACGGACAUUAAGUUUCUGAUGCUCUAUGAUAACAUGAUCUUAUCGGUGGAGGUGGGAACCUUCGAGCCACUUACCUCGCUCCAGGAAAUUGAUCUUUCGAAUAAUGGACUGACUACAAUACCGCUGGAGUUGUUUCAGCUGCCGCGACUGAGAAACCUCUACAUCGACAGCAACGAGCUGACAUCUCUUAAUCUCGAUGCACUGGAGAAGCCCAUCCGGGCGCCACUGGAGUACCUGAACGUGGCAGCUUGCGAGCUGCAGGAGUUACCCGACUUGGGAAUACUUCCCAAGCUAUGGCAACUAAACGCCUCGAUGAAUCCGCUGGAGAACUUCAGGAUCGACAGCCUGGCGAAUAUGUGCCACCUGCAGGUCAUCGAUCUGACCAAGUCGCAGCUGAGCCAGUGUGGCUGCCAGCAGGUCACCAACCAUCUCAUGAUGCUCGGCGCCAGUCCGAAGUUCGUGCCAGUAUGCUUGGAGGCGCUCGACAUCCGCGAAUGUCCACUGCCCUACAAUCGGACGAUCCAUUCGCCAACAUUCGCCAGUUGCCAGACGACACUGCAGUUUGCCGAAACGCGCAGCUUUUGGCUCUUUGGAGCUGGCUGUUUUGGCGGAGUUUGUUUUGUGCUUCUAAUUGUCAUCUUCUGCGUGAUACACUGCAGGAGAAAACGAGCCCAGCGACGAAAGAGGAAUGCCCAGAAGCGAAAGCCGUUUGUGAUCUCGCCCAGAAACGCCAUCAACAACCGUCAGCCGGAGGACGAGCCUCUGCACUGUGAUACUGCCCGAAAAUAGCACUUUAGUUAGUUAAUUAGUUGCGUAGUUAGUCUUAGGGGCCAGUUAUUUAUUACCUACCAUUUACGCCUUAGUUUAGCCUUAGGACAACCGUCUACCUAGCAAACUGCCUUGAAUUCUUUACCAAAAAUCACAAAAAAUCACCAAAAACUAAAAACAACGCCAUCAAAGAAAAAUUGCUUUGCUCAAAUGCCAUCGUUUAUUUAUUUGGUUUUAUACGUAACAUAGAUCUAGUAAGUCUGCUAAGGAGUAGAUUUUUAUAACGAAUGACAAUAAAACAUUUACUUAAACAAUAAA